GCAAAGAUCAGAAACAAAAAGAAGCAACAGACUUGAAAUCUUCCGUUCACAGGUACAGUACUUGUCCAUCAUGAAGCUAAAUCUUUUACUUUUGUGUCUCAUCGGUAUUGUGCCAAUCACCCUGUCCAGUGUCCCUCACGCGUACCAUCUGAUCCAGACACCAAUGACCCAUUCAGGGGCACAGAAUUACUGCAGAACUGUAUAUAAUGACCUGGAUGCAAUCGAAAGUGUAAAUGACUGGUUAAGAAUAGCAGCAGAAGCACUGAGACAUUUUAUGAUUUUUCCUGCCUGGAUCGGACUGUAUAACAACGUCGACGACUGGCUUUGGUCUUAUACUGACCUCCCACUGAAGAAUACAACCCUGAUCAACUGGCAAUCUGAGCCUGCGAGUGGGUUUGCAAAAUGUGCUGCAAUUCAAUGGACUGGAUACUGGGUGGAUCUUCCGUGCACAGAUCUGAAACCAUUUAUCUGCUACGAUUCUAGAAUCAUUGGUGGGGGCAGAUUCAUCUCCUAUCCCCUUCCUCUUCUGAACUGGUUUGGAGCUCAGGCUUUCUGCAGAACAUUUCACACUGAUUUGGCCAGUGCAACCAACUCAAUGGACAACAACGCUUUAAAGAACAAAGUGAUAAUCUUUACAAGUUUUUGGUUUGGCCUGUAUAGGGGCACUUGGACUUGGAUAGAUGGGACCAAAGCUUCAAACAUUCCAUGGGCGCUUUUCCAGCCAGAUAAUCUAUUUGGCACACAGAAUUGCGGAGUGUUCGCUCUCGGACUGAUCAGUGACGAAACCUGCACCAAUCAAUAUGCUUUCUAUUGUCACUCCACUCCACCAGUGAAGCAUCAGCAGAUAGUGAGGCUGCAGGUGAAGACUGAUGGGAGUGUGUUAGAUCAGUCAUCCAUUUUGGAGAAGGUGAAACAGAAGAUGAAAGAAAAUGGCAUGGCAAUGGAGAACAUCACAGUUAACUGGAGGUUGCAAUCAGAUGGAAACAUAUUCAACAAGGAAAAUAAAGAUGGUCUGUAA